AUGGCCAAUUAUAACACUCGAAUCUUUUUCUCACAGAAAAUAAAUGCACUCUCGACCCUGAAGUGUGAAUCAAAGAAAAAACCUUCUGAGCCACCGUCACCGCCGCCGCUGGGCAGUGCUGGUUCUCUCGGAGUGCCUGUUAAUCUUCUCGAUCCAUCCAUGGAAGACUUACCUGUACCAAUCAUGGUUGAUAUUCUCUCAAGACUUCCCGUCAAGACAAUCAUCCAUUGCAAGUGUGUAUGCAAAAAGUGGAUGGAUCUCAUUUCCGACUCUUACUUUGCCAAUAGUCACAUCUCAAGAUCAUCUGAAAUCGUCAUGAUUCAUCAUAAAUCAAAUUAUGAAGAUAAGCGCGCAGCAGGCAUUUUGAAAUGGGUGGAGGUGGAAGACGAACUCGAUCACCACCAUUUACACAACGACCCUGUCAUGAGCCUUGACCUUAACCUUGCACCCAUUUUCCAUUGUUCUGAUAUACUCCCAGUGGGCUCAGUCAACGGCUUGGUCUGCCUGUGGCAGUGUGUUCCUCAACAUGAGAACACUUACAUAUGCAAUCCAGUCACCAGAGAAUAUAUGAUUCUCCCAAGGCCACGAUUCUACAAAGAUAAUUUAGCAAUAAGUAUCGUGUAUAGUUUUGGUUUUGGAUCACUUACACAGGAAUACAAAGUGAUACGGAUUUUUCACGGGGCUAUACCUGAAGAUUCUACACCACCAUUAGAAGCGGAGGUCUACACCCUUGGCACUGGUCGAUGGAGAAGUGUAGGUCCUGUAUCAUACUCUCUCAUCCACAAAACCUAUGGGCCAUUUUUAAAUGGUCAUGCUCAUUGGACUGUUGCUGACCAUGAUUCCCCUGAAAGGAUUUGUGCUUUUGAUUUUCACAAGGAGACAUUUGAGUUGUUCCCAUCUCCUUCUCCUGAAAGUGAGGAAAAUUUUCUAAGUUUGGGAGUCAUAAAUGAUUGUUUAUGUCAAUCUGAUACUGACCACGAGUAUACAUUCACAGUUUGGGUGAUGAAGGAAUAUGGGAUCAAGAAAUCUUGGCAUAAAGAGUUUGUGAUCCACCAAAGUAUCAGCUAUCAUCUUGAUUUGCUGUUUUUGGAACCUUUGUAUAUAAUUAAGGGUUUAAAAGAUGGAACUAUUUUGAUGGCAUCUUAUAGCGACGCACUAUUUGUUUACUGUCCUCGGAGGAAUGUAAUUGUAGAUCCGGAAACAUUCGCUUGCUAUUUCAUAGGAUUUGCUUAUCGUCCUAGCUUUCAUAGGCUCCGAAACUUUGAAAACGAGAGAGUUCAUGUGUUUUAA